AUGCCACCAAAGAGAAAAGGAUCAAGUGCAACAUCAACCCCUAAGAAGGCUAAACCUAACCAUCAUCAUCCAUCUCCUGAAGAAUACAAGCAAUUCUUCCAAUCCACUUUAAAUCUUGUGUCUGAUCUUCGAGAUGAAAAUGAUGAACAACUUGCAUUUCCUUUUGUUAAAUUACCUUCCAAAAAGCUCUAUCCUGAUUAUUAUCAAAUAAUUGCUCAACCUAUUUGUCUUAAUGAUAUCCAGAAACGAAUUAGAACAAAAUACACGGGGGAUUCCACUGAUGAAUUCUUGGAUGAUUUCCAAUUAUUACUUGAUAAUGCAACAAAUUAUAAUGCUCCUGAUUCAUGGAUUGUGUUGAAUGCAACUAAAAUAUAUGAAUUUGUUAAAGAUCAAGUUCGUGAAUUCGAAUCUGCUGCUUCAAGUAAAAAAGUUGAACCUCCCAAGUUUAAAUUGAAAUUCAAGCAACCAGAACCGGUAAAACCAAAAGUUGAACAACCAGAAAUUACAUUUGGAAAAUUACCUGAAAUAUGUAUUGAACUUUUAGAAGAUGUAAUGAAUCAUGAUUUCCCUGAUGAUGGGGUUAUCAGUGGACCCUUUAUUGAGGAUGUAGAUACUGAUUAUUAUACAGAUUAUUUAACUUUUGUUGAGAAACCAAUGUCAUUCAAUAAACUUAUUUCAAUGUUGAAAAGUAAGAAAUUGUUUAGUCCCAAGUUCCCACUUUUAGAUAAUUUAAACAAAUUUCAUGAAACCGCCAAACUUAUAUUUUCCAAUGCUAGACUUUAUAAUGAUGAAUCAUCACAAAUUCAUCAAGAUGCAAAUAAUUUAGAAGAAUACUUUGAAGAAAAGUAUCAAGAAUUGAAAAAUAAGAUCCCUGGUGGAAAUGAAGAUACCGCUAAGACGAAAGGUAAACUGAGUAGACCAACAUUAAAGAUACACUUGGGUAAAGCUGAACCUGCAACUUCUGUACCUGAAACCCCCAAAAAGAAGGGACGUAGAAGAAAAGCAGUAGAAGUAAAAGAAGAGCUCGAAGAACCUGAAAAUGAAAUCCAAGAAGAAGAAUUACCUGUGAAAUAUGAAACAACCAAACCUCAAGAACCUGAAUCAACAAUAAGAUCGAAACAAGUUGUUACUGAAAAAUCCAUUGACAAUACUAUGGGUAAGACAUUACCAUUAUUACCAGCAGAAAGCGCAAUAAUACAAGAAUCGGCCCUUUUCUCGACCGUGGCAAUUUCAAACCACAUUAGUCAAUUUGUUCAACAAAAGGCUAUCAGCAGUAGUCUUCUCCCCUUGCCUCGAAAUCAAGAAAUUAGGAAAGGAUUAUUCCCAACCCAUCCAGGUCAUUCAGUAGCUAGUUUGUUUGAGUAUAAGGUUCCCGCAAAUGGAUAUACAAAUCAAUCAUAUAGUAUUACUUUACCAAAUGAAAUACUGCCAUUUGUAUCUUUCAAAGUAUCAUUGCAUAAUUUUCUUUAUAAUAUAAAAAAGAAUGAUUUGGUUAAUGGACGUGGAUACUUAAAUCUGACAUCAGAUGAAGAUUUUCAAUGUAAACUAUUUGUCAAUGAUGAAGAGGUAUCUAAUGCUGGUGAUUGUUUUGAAGAGAAAAGGGAGGGUAGUGAUGAACAUGACGAUGAUGAAUUGUUGGGAGUUCAAUAUGAUUUAAAAUUAAGUUAUGGAUUGAAUGUUUUGGUAUUUGAAUGUAAAGUGGCACCAAAUAUAAGCAAGCAAAUCAAGAAUACUGUUGUCCAAGAAAAUAACGAAGAGAUAGCAGGAAGACAUACUAGGCAUCAAUUGCAACAAUUGAAAAUGUCUUGGGAUGUAGAAACAAUCACGAUGUUUGUCACCUGUAAUUGCGCUUAA